AUGAUUGCCGAGGUGUUCUUCAUCUUUACGCGGCUGUCAGAGGUCGUCUUUCUGAUCCCCAUCAUUGGUAUGCUGGCAUAUUUCGUCCAUGGAUUCCUCAAUGCCAACGAGCUCACCCCCGCGUACAUCUUGGUCCUGUUCAUCGUCAGCACCAUCGCCGCCUUCUGGUGUCUCGACACCCUGAUUCGCUUUGGAAGCACUCGCCGCUCCGCCUUUUUCGUUGCUUUCCUCGAUCUCUGCUUCUUCGGCGCGUUGAUCGCAGGCGUAUACGAGCUUCGUUUCAUUGCCGGCGCCAACUGCACCAGCUGGGAUGCGACCACCGCCUCGGUCUCGCUGGGACCUUUCGGCUCGAUCGUGUACUCCGGCGAGACCCCCAGCUUCAAUAAGACGUGUUCCAUGCUGAAGGCCUCAUUCGCCAUGGGCAUUAUGGAGGUCGUCUUCUUCUUCUUCUCGGCUAUCUGGGCCUUGUUCAUCUUCAACCAUCACAGGGGAGAGCCCGUGGCGAGGGAGACGGUCGUGCGUCGUCGCAGCCAUAGCAGUCGUCGUGGCCAUCGCCAUAGCCGCAGCCGUUCAGGCAGUCGACGGAAUUAUGUGGUAUGA